UUAGCACUACAUCUCAAAUCGUCAUAUUUAUAAAUAAUAUUGCCAUAUCUAAAAUUGUUACACGAUCGAAAUUCAAGAUUUCUAAGAAAUAUUACUGUGAACUUAACAGAAAUAAAUAUAUAUGCCGAAGGACCCCUGCAAGAGAUUUGCCUGUGAAAUUCAGAGAUGUCUUGUUGGUAAGUAAUUACAAUAUAAUUUUAUUUAUGAAUAUCUUAUCCGACAGCCGACAUAAAAUCAGUCGCCAUCUUUACUUCAAUCACUCACGGAUUCGCGGGCGUUUCAUCGCCGAUUUUCAAUGUUUUGCUCAAACAAAACGUUAUUUUUCAUUACUAAAGCCACGUAAAAACUUUUGGGUAUCUUGCGCAACAGUUGAGUGUGAAAAUGAGCUUUUUCGGGUUCGGACAAACUGCGGAUAUUGAAAUCGUUUUCGACGAUGCUGACAAACGGAAGGUUGCCGAAGUCAAAACGGAUGAUGGUAAAAAGGAGAAAUUGUUGCUGUAUUAUGAUGGCGAAACAGUUUCGGGUAGAGUAAAUGUAACCUUGAGGAAACCAGGAUCGAAACUAGAACAUCAAGGAAUCAAGGUCGAGCUUAUAGGUCAGAUCGAAUUAUUUUACGACAGAGGUAAUCAUCAUGAAUUUAUAUCAUUAGUGAAGGAGCUCGCUCGUCCUGGCGACUUAUUGCAGCAUACAUCAUAUCCUUUUGAGUUUUCAAACGUCGAGAAACCCUACGAAGUUUACACAGGUGCAAAUGUCAGGCUAAGGUAUUUCUUGAGAGCUACCAUAGUUCGCCGACUAACAGACAUCGUAAAAGAAGUCGAUAUCGCUGUUCACACGCUUUGCAGCUAUCCAGAUGUGUUGAGCUCAAUAAAAAUGGAAGUAGGCAUUGAAGAUUGCCUCCACAUAGAAUUUGAGUACAAUAAAUCAAAGUACCAUUUAAAAGAUGUUAUAGUUGGUAAAAUCUAUUUCUUACUUGUUCGUAUAAAAAUUAAGCAUAUGGAAAUCUCAAUUAUCAAAAGAGAAACUACCGGUUCAGGGCCUAAUACUUUUACAGAGAAUGAAACUGUUGCUAAAUAUGAAAUAAUGGAUGGAGCUCCAGUCAGAGGUGAGAGUAUUCCUAUUAGAGUUUUCUUAGCUGGUUAUGACUUAACACCUACAAUGAGGGACAUAAAUAACAAGUUCUCUGUACGAUAUUAUUUAAAUCUUGUUCUAAUGGACACUGAAGACCGACGUUACUUCAAACAGCAAGAAGUGACACUAUGGAGAAAGAGUGACAAAUCUAGAUUACCAUUACAUAACCCGCACCAUCCUCAGACUUUGUCACAUCCCAGUCAAGCAAUGCCGAGGCAGAUGAGUGCAUCUAGUGAAGAAAAUUCAGCAAGAGGAAUCUCACCCUCCCACCCAGAAAAUAUGUUGCAAAGAUCAGUAUCACCAUCCAUGUCAGAUGGUGAGAAACAUAAUGGACCAAGUGAAAUGGAGCAAGACAAAUCUGAGAUAAUAACAAAUAAAUUAUCUAAUACACACAUUGAGAAUAAUGAACCAGAGGUCCCAAUUGCAGCUGUGAAACCUAUGGAGAAGCAUGUAGUGGUAGAAACUCUACAGGAUACUGAAAAGCCACAAGUAAUAGAGAAAUCACAAGCAAUAGAGAAACCACAAGUUAUAGAAAAACCACAGGUUACGGAGAAACCUCAAGUUGCAGAGAAACCGCAAGUUGCUGAGAAGCCCCCAAUUGCAGAAAAACCAAGAAUUGCAGAGAAACCAGUUAUCAGUCACCCUGAGAGUGUGGAAGCCAAUCCGAGUCAAUAGCCGAUGUGUAUAUGCUCGGUGGACUUAACAGCCGCCGACGAAAUGAACUGCAUGUUUUCUUACUUGAAAACAAUUGUUUAAAGGACAAAAUGAAAUCAUACAUCAAUUGAAUUGUUAUUUAUAUAUAAAUUGUAAAUUACUAUUUCCAUGUUGGAUUUUUUUAUAAAUCUCAAAUACAACAUGGAGACAGUUGAAGUAUAUCUAUACUAAUGUUAGCAUGUUGCUACAUCAUAUGUUAAAAUUACUUGAAACUUCAUUAGCUAUAAUUAAAAGAAAGAUUCAUUCAUGGAUUGUGUGUGAAUAGAGAUAAUUAAAAAUGCAAUAAUAAUGAUAAUACUUCAUUAAAUGAAGUGCAGUUGUUAUUGUGAUUAAAGUGUAUGUCUAUUAGUCAAAUACGAAUUACUGAUGCCCAUCAGGAUGUGGAAUUACCAAGUUUUAUCAUACCUGCAGUUACUGCAUUAAAGUUUACACUUUGAUUAUAGCUGCUAAUAGUGAAUGCACUGUGUUAUUACUAAACUUUAUUUGUGGUUGGCUUCAGUAGAAAAACAAAUGUAUGCCUAUAUAAUUCGCAAAAUCUGUUCAUAUUUAAUUUAUUGUAUUCAGUUUUGGUAAUGGGUAUAUAUGUAAUAUUCUGUUUACCUUUUCAAUCAGUCACUGAAGAUAUAAACUGUUUUUUUUUUAAUUGACUACCCAUUUGUUAAUUCACUGCUAUCAACUUUUAUCACAUUCUGUUCCUAUCUGAAAAUGUAUUGUCAUUUAACUAAAAUAUGUGUUGUUUAAAAAUGACUGAUAUAUUCUUUUUACAAUUUAACUUAAUCAGAAAACUUAUAAUUCUUACACUCUUUAUUUUCUGAAAAUUUUUAAUGGAUUGCAUUUUUUUUUAAACAUGAAGUCAGGGAUUCAUUGACUAUUUGAAGAAUGGUGAUGGAUAAAUAUUGUGAUACAUUUAUGCCAUCUCAUCAUAAUAAUAAAGUCAUAUCUGGCUUUCUCAAAAUAUAGAUUAAUAUGUAAAUCAAUGCUUUAUUUAUAAAGGACAUUAUUUGAAAUCAUAAGGAAAUAUAAAGUAAUGUGUAACUUAGAAAAUAUAUUUAUGAUUGAUUUAUAUUUAAAUUAGAAAUGCUUAAACACACAUGAGAUCAUCGAAACAGAAUUGCUAAUUGAUUACAAAUCUCUUAUUUACCUAGCCAAAUAAUUAAACAAAAUGUUAUUAUUACGGUAAGAUCAGUUUAGAUUAGACUUGCAACGAAUAUUCAGUAUUCAGCCUGUUGGCCUCCUUUUGUUAUAUUCGGCCGGAUACCGCAUAAUAUAUUUUGGUUUUAUGAGGUUAUUGAUAUAAGAAAAGAAAUUAUUGAUUAAUUUUGUAAUAUCAUUUUCAUAUUCUCAUAAUGAUAAAAAGUCAUUAGAACAGAUAGUAUAUAAAUAAACUUCUGUAUUACAAAGUUAAACGUUUUCUUAUGCAUCUGAGUACAGAAG